AAUAUCCCCUUUUUGUUUGGUUACAUUCUACACUUACAUCCGAAACAAAAAUUCAUACUAUUAUAUAGUUUGCUUAAGAAAAUCUAACAAAGAAAAAAAAAAUGAAGUUUUCAGUUCCAACUUUGGUUAUAAUUUCUCUUGUUAUAACUUGUGCUUUCAUUGAGAUUGUUGAUGCUGUUUCAGCUUCUCCUACUACUUCUCCUACUCAAGCCCCUCCUGGAGUGCCAGGAUUUUGUGUGGAUAAAUGCGCAUACAGAUGCUCAAGGAAUCCAAGGAACUUAUGCAAGAAAUUAUGUAUGCACUGUUGUAAAAAAUGCCAAUGUGUUCCCAAUGGUCCUUUCGCCGACAAAAGCCAGUGCCCUUGCUACAGAGACCUCAAGAACGACGAAGGCCAAUCUAAGUGCCCUUAAAUUUUAAUUUAGACCAACAAAUCCUACGUGUCUAUGCUUAAUUUGAAUAAUUUCCUUAAUCCAUCAUUAUAAUCCUAAAUCUUGUGUAAUGGUUAUUAGUAUUAGUAAGAAAUAAUGAUAAUUAUAUAUAUAUAUAUAUAGGGCUUCAUAUAUUGAUUGUCAUCAGCCCAUAAAUUAUUAUAGAUUUAUGUUCAUCUUAUAGCUAUGAGAGUGUGGAUGUAAUUUGAUGUUGAUAAAGUUUGGUUAUGGCUUUAUAUGCCUUAUUCAGUUAUUUAUAUUAAAUGUUGAGUAUAUUGGUAGGAUAAA